UGCGGCAUCUCUCCCAGUCCCACACCUCUCUUUCCUCUAUCUCUAUCCCUCGCUCCCCACCCCCAGCUCUUUAAACGUCCUGCUUAACCCGCUCCUCACCAAAGGCACGCAGAGUUCUAAGGUGCGGAGAAUUAACCCGUCUCCUCCUAAACCCACUAAAUAAGUCUCACUCUGAGCUAAAGCUUCACACUUGCCUUAAAGCCCCCAGCCCCUCAUGCGCACACAGGUAGGGAGAGUGAGGAUACUACUGGAUCCCAGGAAACUGGUCCCAAGAAGGCUCCAUCCAGGAUCGCCCGCUGCCGAAGAAGUAUCCCCGGAGCCCUCUGAUCUGCGGGGUGACAACUAGCCGAAGAUUAUUUCUCUUUAUUCAGAAGCAUAAAGUUGUUUGCUGAUUGCAAGAAGAUGUUUCUUUGGCUCUUUCUGCUUUUGUCAGCCCUGAUUUCUUCGACAAAUGCAGAUUCUGACAUAUCAGUGGAAAUUUGCAAUGUGUGCUCCUGCGUGUCAGUCGAGAACGUGCUCUAUGUCAACUGUGAGAAGGUUUCGGUCUACAGACCAAAUCAGCUGAAGCCACCUUGGUCUAAUUUCUAUCACCUCAAUUUCCAAAACAAUUUUUUAAAUAUCCUCUAUCCAAACACAUUCUUGAAUUUUUCACACGCAGUAUCCCUGCAGCUGGGAAAUAAUAAACUGCAGAACAUUGAGGGAGGAGCCUUUCUUGGGCUCAGUGCAUUAAAGCAGUUGCACUUGAACAACAAUGAAUUAAAGAUUCUCCGAGCUGACACUUUCCUUGGCAUAGAGAACUUGGAGUAUCUCCAGGCUGACUACAAUUUAAUCAAGUAUAUUGAACGAGGAGCCUUCAAUAAGCUCCACAAACUGAAAGUUCUCAUUCUUAAUGACAAUCUGAUUUCAUUCCUUCCUGAUAAUAUUUUCCGAUUCGCAUCUUUGACCCAUCUGGAUAUACGGGGGAACAGAAUCCAGAAGCUCCCCUAUAUCGGAGUUCUGGAGCACAUAGGCCGUGUCGUUGAACUGCAACUGGAAGAUAACCCCUGGAACUGUAGCUGUGAUUUGUUGCCUUUGAAAGCGUGGCUGGAGAACAUGCCAUAUAACAUUUACAUAGGAGAGGCUAUCUGUGAAACUCCCAGCGACUUAUACGGAAGGCUUCUGAAAGAAACCAACAAACAAGAAUUAUGCCCCAUGGGCACAGGCAGUGAUUUUGAUGUGCGAAUCCUGCCUCCAUCUCAGCUGGAGAAUGGCUACACCACUCCCAACGGUCACACGACCCAAACAUCCUUACACAGAUUAGUGACCAAACCGCCGAAAACAACCAAUCCGUCCAAGAUCUCCGGAAUCGUAGCGGGCAAGUCCCUCUCCAACCGCAAUCUCAGCCAGAUUGUGUCCUACCAAACGAGGGUGCCCCCUCUGACACCUUGCCCAGCACCUUGCUUUUGCAAAACACAUCCUUCGGAUUUGGGACUGAGCGUCAACUGCCAAGAGAAGAAUAUACAGUCCAUGUCUGAACUGGUCCCGAAACCCUUAAAUGCCAAGAAGUUGCAUGUCAAUGGCAACAGCAUCAAAGACGUGGACGUCGCGGACUUCGCCGAGUUUGAAGGACUGGAUUUGCUCCAUUUAGGCAGCAAUCAGAUUACGGCGAUCAAGGGAGACGUAUUCCACAAUCUCACUAAUUUACGCAGGCUGUAUCUCAACGGCAAUCAGAUUGAAAGACUCUAUCCUGAGAUAUUUUCCGGCCUUCAUAACCUGCAGUAUCUGUAUUUGGAAUACAACUUGAUCAAGGAGAUCCUGGCGGGCACCUUUGACUCGAUGCCAAAUUUGCAGUUGCUCUACUUAAACAACAAUCUCCUGAAGAGCCUGCCCGUUUACAUUUUCUCGGGAGCACCCCUCGCUAGACUGAACCUGAGGAACAACAAGUUCAUGUACUUACCCGUCAGCGGGGUCCUCGAUCAGCUGCAGUCUCUCACACAGAUCGACUUGGAGGGCAACCCCUGGGACUGCACUUGUGACUUGGUGGCAUUAAAGCUGUGGCUCGAGAAGUUGAAUGACGGCAUUGUCGUGAAGGAACUGAAAUGCGAGACUCCGGUUCAGUUUGCCAACAUCGAGCUGAAGUCCCUCAAGAAUGAAAUCUUGUGUCCCAAACUCUUAAACAAGCCAUCGGCGCCGUUUACGAGCCCUGCACCUGCCAUAACGUUCACCACCCCGCUGGGUCCCAUUCGAAGCCCUCCCGGUGGCCCGGUGCCUCUGUCUAUUCUCAUCCUCAGCAUCCUCGUGGUCCUCAUCUUAACUGUCUUCGUUGCUUUUUGUCUUCUUGUUUUUGUGCUGCGGCGAAACAAGAAGCCCACGGUCAAGCACGAGGGCCUGGGGAAUCCCGAGUGCGGCUCCAUGCAGCUGCAGCUGAGGAAGCAUGACCACAAGACCAAUAAAAAAGACGGGCUGAGCACGGAAGCCUUCAUUCCACAAACCAUCGAGCAGAUGAGCAAGAGCCACACCUGCGGUUUGAAAGAGUCAGAAACCGGCUUCAUGUUUUCAGAUCCUCCAGGACAGAAAGUCGUCAUGAGAAAUGUCGCCGACAAGGAGAAAGAUUUACUACACGUGGAUGGCAGGAAGAGACUGAGCACAAUCGAUGAGCUGGACGAACUAUUCCCGAGCAGGGAUUCCAACGUGUUUAUUCAGAAUUUUCUGGAAAGCAAAAAGGAGUACAAUAGCAUAGGUGUCAGUGGCUUUGAGAUCCGCUAUCCAGAAAAACAACAAGACAAAAAAAACAAGAAGUCCCUGAUAGGCGGCAACCACAGUAAGAUCGUCGUGGAGCAGCGGAAAAGCAGCGAGUACUUUGAACUGAAGGCCAAACUCCAGAGUUCCCCUGACUACCUACAGGUCCUUGAGGAGCAGACAGCUUUGAACAAGAUCUAGGUCAUGCAAUCUCACUUCAUACAGAGGACAUUUAUUUAAUGAUGAAAGUGCCUUUUGUUGACUUCUAACUCCAAAUACUAUAUUAUCAAUAGGCAUAGAGGCAGGUGUUUCUGAGGCUGUCUCAUUAACUGUAGCUGCAAAGAUGUGUCCGGUAGAAGAGAGUUUCCUUAAUAGAUUUUACUACAUAAAACCUAUACUGUGGAGUCCUGUGGGGAUACUGCAAACUCUAUUGCCAAAGGGAUGCUUUAUAUACAGAAUACGCUGAAUUUAACCUCAAGAGGCAAAUCUGUUUUGUACCCCGAUGCAAAACCUCCGUCUCUUUGUGCUUUGUAAAGCAAACUCGAGAAAACUGGUACCAGUGUUUGUACCUCAGCUGGGUCCUUCAUCUUGCACGUAGAUCAAGUCGGUGGAACUGGAAUCAAUCCUUUUGAUUUGUGGCAUUGUAACAACUCUGUGUAAAGAUUAUCUGAAAAGUUAAAAAAAAAAAAAAAAAAGCAUGCAAAGAGAGAACAUUCGAUAGUAUUUGUAAAUCGGUAAACUUUAUGGCCUGCAUCUUGAAACCGCUGGAUUUAUAAUGUUAAAAUUGUGCAAAUAUUUGUUUAAAAUAUACCAUGCAUUACGUAACUAUAAAAUAAAUUUGAACACUUUAAGCAUUACCUGUCUAUACAUAAAACCUAAAAGAGAAAAGUCAACGUGAGUUACAUAGCGUUUGUGGUGAUCUGAAGAAAUACACGAUGUUUAUCAGAAUUACACAAGGCUCAAAUUAAACUGACAUUAGAGUUUGUUCUCAGUUACGUGAAAUACCCACAAUCCUUAAAGGUUGUCCAAAAUUAGCGAAGUGCUUACCGUGUGAGCGCACCCAAAGCUAUUUUUGUAACAUAAUUCAUAUUUAUGAAGUACUUUGUAUACUAAAUAGGAAAAUAUGUACUCCUUAAUAUGUAUUUAAUAUGCCUGACUUGUUUUCCUGAUCACAGGGAAUUUAUCAAUAGGUAUACAUUUAGACAGGAAAAAAAAAUAUACCAAACUGAAACUGAAGCUUCUGUGUACAGAAAUAUUCUGGACAUUGUGAUCAGGUAUAAUUUAAAAACGAAACAAGGAAAAAAAAAACCACAAAAACACAAAAAUACAAAAAAAAGAUAAAAACCAGUUCUGUGCUAUUCUUGAGAACUUAGCAUAUUAUCUUCAGAUUUGUUACCAACCGUGCAUUUUAAAAUAGGUUCCUUAGUUUUAUAGUAUCGUGUCUGGGGCAGUUGUUAUUUGCCAUCAGUUGUCUUGCUUUUCAGGAUUCUAUGAGCUUAAUUCAAAUAGUUUUCACUACAACUAUUUAAAACAAUUAAUGAGUAAGGUUAAUAGUUAUAUCUCGUAUGCAUCAGUAUCCUGUUCUGUCAUCAUUCCAGCUACUAUCAGAUAAUCCAGUAGAGCAGUGAACAUCUCGGCUCCCAAAGCCACACUGUAAAAUGCUUUCAUUGGUCUCAGAUGAGUUCACUGUGUUUGCUUGUGCUGUUAACUUCUAAGUCAAAAUUGGUCAAAGGAAGGACUUGAUAAUGGGAAACAUUGGAAGAUUUUUAGGAGCUCCCAGUUAGCAAAGCGACAUCCUAGAACACAUUACCUUCUUGGCCUGCCCACUUAUGUAUGUUUCUUUGUGCUCCAUUUCUGAUAAUCACUGUAUUAAUCAGUGAGUUAACCAAGAAGGUAAACAUAGACAUUCUUCAUGAACUUCAAGUGGCAGAUGUUUUGGCGCAGCUUCCAAAAUGAUAUUAUGGCUAAAGUUGUAACGUAGUCCCUUUAUUAAGUACUAAUUUCAGGGCUUUAUAGGUUUGUUCCAGGAUGAAAAAGAAAUAACUUGGCAUUCUUAGACGGUGUGCAUGUAUGUGUGUGUGUGUGUGUGCCUCUGUGUGUGUGUGUGUGUGUGUGUGUAUUUGGGUGUAUAUGAAGUAUACAAAUAUUUGUUUAAAAUAUACCAUAUAGGUAAUUUGGAGAUUUUUUUUUUAAAUAGCAGAAAAAAUUGUCUCCAUAUGUAUGUGCUGGUGCUCUUAAAACUUUAAUGUGUAAUUUUAAUUUUCAUGACAAUGUCUGUGAAAACUUUAUAUGAAUAUUAAAAAAUAUACAAAUAAAUACUUGCUUUCUGAUCUUGAAAGAAAAGACACAAAGACGUGUGCCCAACAGCGUAUUUUCAUCUACAGUUUCCUAAGGACUUUUAAUAUGCCAUUACCAUGCCUCCAUGCGUCCAUGGAUUAAAGGGCUCCUAAUGCAUACUGACAGGAUAAAGACGCAAAGGCUUCAAAGAAAGUGUUUUAGUUUAUCCUGUCAAUAAAGUAUGGAUUGAGGAAUCUUAAGUAGACACUUAGGGGAGGAACCGGAAAGCUCUAUCCAUGAUCUGGGGAUAAUAGGCCAUUGGGAUGAUGCCUUUUAUUCAGUGUGGUGAUGCUUUGAAGAUGUUUCAAGAGUACCUGCCACCAUCUCAAACUUGCUGUAGCAUAUUGGCUAUCUCAUCCCCUUCUGCCAAAAGGUAUAAAUGUUCAACUUUUUUAAAAAAGGAAUUUCAAUGUGUGUGGUUAUUUGGAGGUUUUAACUGUAAGUGAACAACAGUAACAAAUCCUUGGUUAAGGCUGAUCUAUUUUCCUUAACUGAAGUCAUUGUGCCUACAUGAUACAGUGUAUACUGUUUUGCACCUGUCUCUCAUUAGUUCUCCUUGUACAUUUUAUGGUGAUGUAGUUAGACCUAAGUUUUGCAUUGAGUACAAGAGCAGUUAAGAUACUGUAUCUACACUUUGUUGGCUUCAAUGAUAACCUUGAUGUUAGUUUAACCCCUUGAGGAGUGAUCUACAUGUCAGUGCAGCAUCUUUGGUGGAAUUUGAUUCAAAUCUAGAAAAUCCAAGAAGUGCUCACUUCUAAUGUGGUCUGACACAUCAUGGGCUUCUUGGCAUUGUAUCAUGUGCUUGGACUCUGUUAGAAUGGUUGCAAAGAAGAUUAGAGUGUAUGAAAUUAGUGAAGGGGUUGAGAUAAUAUAUUAUGUCUGUGUAAUAUAAAUCAAGUUUUAAAUUAUUUUUUUAUGAAAUCAAUAAAAAUGGUUCAAUUCUUUCAAAGUAAAUCUUUGUGUAAUUUUAUGAGAAAGCAGCUAUUAAAAUACAGUGAUUCAAGUCUAUAAGGCAAUUUAUAUUCUAUAUUUAGUUUUCCCUUCUGAAAAUGAACUGAAUAAAUAUAUUAAUUAGAAAAUCAUUUAAGACCAGCUUUCUUUUGUUGCUUUUUGGAAGCAUUUUUUUUUCUUUAAGCCAUAAGGAUGCAUAAAUUAUACAGGGCAUGGCCUCAUGAGUAACGUCAGCAGGUAUCGCAGAAAUAACAGAACACAUCUAGAAAUGUAUGGCAGUAAUAGUAAUCUAUAAUAUCUUUUGCAUGAUUUGUACAUUGACAUUGUAUGAAAUGAGCACAGUGAGUUUUUUUUUUUUUUGUUAUUGUUGUCGCAUCCAAAGAGCUGGGGAGAAAAUAUAUUAAGAAUGUAUUUAUAAUUACUAUUUUGAAAUAAAGUAAAGAAAACACAUUGUAUUGUUUUUACCCUGAUUUGAUUAUUAGUAUUUGAAGUUAAUUUAUAAGAUAAAAAUCCAGUCAUGCUAUAAAAGUUAGUGUAAAUCACAGAAAGAAACUGUUUUAAUGACUUUUGUUUGCUUUUAAUAACAUCAAGGUCUUAGCAUUUAUUAAAUGCCAUUUUUAUGAAAGUAUUAAUAAAAUCGUUUGCUACAAUGGUAUUUCUGAAGCCACAGUUUGUUAAAUGUAUUUAUCUUUCCAUUAUCUUUCAGAGGAAAUAAAGCAGUAACCAAAUUGAUAUUUUCACCUAGAUUUGAGGGUAAGAUACAGAGCUUUAGAAUACUGUUUGUAUUAAACGUAAUUGCUAAAUCUCUGUUAAGAGAUGCUUUCUUUUCCGACAUCUUUGCCAUCCGUGUUCCUUUCCACUGGCAAACCAUUCCCAUUAAUCAGUUGGGAUCUGACUAAGAUUUGCUUAUCUGCUAAGAUUUGCUUAUUGCAGAUAAGCAAAUAUUAAUAUUCCAUCUUAACUAUCUAUUUAAAGGCUUCUGCAUGUUUCCUUAUGGGAAGAGAUGUAGAGAGAGGGAAACAGAGGGAAAAUAGAAAUGAAGAGUGUCGUGGUCUUAGGUUUAUACCUAGCAAGACUGAAGAAGUGAGCAGUAUAUUCUGUUUCCCUCUCUCUACAUCUCUUCCCAAGUUCUUCGUGAGUACUGAGAAGAGGGCUUUGGGCCCCGGCCACUCAGUUAUGUAGACAAGUGGUACCAAAUGAAGCCUUGGCUUCAGUUCCAGUGCUCAUUCAAUUAGUCACUAUGGUCAGAUGGGCUGAACUAAAAUAUCCUGUUUGUGGCUUCACUUACUGGGAAUAACUAGCAACAAAGAUCAAGUUCACCUGAUAAUUGUUAGCCCUCAGUUUUGGAUUUGCUAGUUAUCUGUCCGUUGUUAAAUUAAAAGCAAACAGGAGGUUAAAUGAAUUUUAAAUAACUUAUUUUGGACAAAAUUGCCCUUAAUCUAAUUUUGAAUUUUGUUUCAUGUUCGUUUCCACUGGUUGAUAAGAUUGCAUUUCAAAAGGGGAAAUCCAGGAAGACAAACUGUGUUGUCUAUCUUAUAUGCGCGAGCAGGACUUCUUAAAUUUUUUUAGAGAUUUCGUUUAACCCGUUGUUCCUAUGUCUACAGAGGGAAAACGGAGUGAGGCUGUGAGACAACUGCUUAUAAUGCUUCGAGCCAAAUAAUUGCUAUUGAGAAUAAAAAGAUUCAGAUUUUUCAUCCAAUUCUAGUAAUUACCAGAUCCAUGGACUACAGUAUCCAGAACCAGGAAAGAAUGACUCAGUGCUCCGUCUUAGUUUGCUUUUGUAGACACUGGCUAGAUAGAAAGUCUAGUGAUUUUAUUAAUAUGUCAGGAAUGAGAAAUUGCUUGUUUAGCUUAAAAAGCUCAUGAAUAAGGUCUCCAUAGAAAUUAUAUAGGAGUAUGUAAUGAAAAAGUACAAAACGUCACUUUCAGAUUAGCUCUAGGAAGGAAAUAAUCUUCUAAAGUUUCUGAGCAACACAUUUCUCUCAGUUGACACCUUACAGAUACUAGGUCAUGUCCUGUGUUGCUGGUUACCAACCUGAGGAAGUCAUGUUGUGCAAUGGUUACUGCUUGUGGAAGUUUUUUCAAAAUCACAGUAAGAUCAGUUCUCCCGAUUACGAACUGCAAUGUAUAUUUUCAUUAUUGUUUCAUGUAAACUGAAUCAUUGUGGUAAAAUUCUGGAGUUGAUAUUCAGUAAUUUUAAUGCUGUUUUCACUAAUAAAAGUCUUUUCUGAUAGGUCA